AUGUCGGCAGCUGCAUCGCCCGAAGCGGCGAAACCAAAACACGAUAAGAAAACCCACAAGGAAAGGUCGUCCAAGUCGGAAAAGAAGCGCGCUCGUGAGGAAGACCCUGCGCCAGGCGAUGGCGAGAGGAAGCACAAAAGAUCAAAGAGCGUCGCUGCCGAUGCCAUUGUGCAAACCGACCAUGUCCCGGGCCCCCAAGAUGUGAAGAAGGAGAAGAAGAAAAGGGAAAAGAAGAAGAAACACGGACAAAAGACUGCUGAAGCUACCGUUGAAGAGUCGGAGCCAGUGCACGAGCCCAAGACUGAAAAGAAGAAAAAGAAGAAGAAGCACCACAAAGAAGGGAUGGAAAUACCCGCGCAAAUGGACGUCAAGGCCGAAGUGAGCGACGACGAAUCAAAAUCCAAGAAGAAAGACAGGAAGAAGAAGAAAAAGCACGGCCAUGCCGCUGACGAUGUUGUGGACACGGUGACUUCAGACAAGCCAAAGUCAAAUGGACAACUCACCACGCUUGACGAUGCCGGUGCCGAUGCCAUGGACAUUGACAAGCCGUCGGGCUCGACAUCAAAGUCUUCCAAGGUCUAUCAGCCACCAGAUAUCCCCGCCAACCCGCAAUUCCCAUUCUUCGAACAAACUGUCUCGCUGUACGAGCCCUUGUACCCCAAUGGCUGGGCCCAACCUAUAACCAGCUGCCAAUACCAGCAUCUGCAGCACCUCCAGAAUAAAUACGUGCCUUCCCUGCGGGGGGUCUUACUCAACUACAAAAACGUCACAUUGGGAUCCAAGCCCGGUCGCGACGGUGCCGCCACGGAUGACGAGACGCCGACAACGGUGGUGUCGCAGAACGAAUACGCUGUUGGUUUUGGCUGGAUCACGGCUGACGUUGAGCUUUUUGUUCCGAGCAGGGGGGCCUGGAUGGAAGGCAGCGUCAACUUACAGACCGAGGGGCAUAUCGGCGUGGUUUGUUUCGGCAAGUUCAACGCGUCCGUCGAGGCUAGACGACUUCCGCCGGCGUGGAAAUGGGUAUCUAACGAAUCCCCCGAGGCGCACGGGUUCGAGGAGACGGCCUCUGUCAUGACAGCCGACGACCACGGCGUGGUCCGGCAGAUCCACAGCACCGGGUUCUGGGUCGACGGCAGUGGGGACAGAGUGAAGGGCAAGAUCCGAUUCAGAAUACGCAACUUUGACGCUGGGACGAGCGGAGAGACGAGCUAUCUCAGCUUGGAGGGCACCAUGCUGGACAAGGACAGCGAGAAGAAGUUGGUCAAGGAAGAAGCGCGCACCGCGCAAAUGAGACGGGACAAGAAGGGCGGCCGCGGAGCCCAACGACAGCGAGCACCCGACUUUAGCAUGACGCGGUUUGCUGAUGUGGAGGGCGAGAACGACGGGCAACAAGCAGAUGCCGGUGGCUAG